UUAGAAAGAACAUUUGAACCCUUUCAGACCAUUCCUAUCCCUGAAAAUCCAAUUCUGUGCCAUGAAUGUAAUACAGGAUUUGUGAGCAAGGAUGCAUUGGCAGACCAUUUUGGUCAAAAGGAGCUAGUUUGCUCCUUUAAUUAUGUUUGCCAUACUUGUAAUAUGGUACUACCAAAAAAAUGUUCUUUGGAAGCUCACAAACGAUACCAUUCAAUGAAGGUGCCACAUACUUGCCCUGAAUGUGGUGAUUCAUUUUCUGAAUUUCAGGAAUUUCUAUCGGAACACAUGCAAACUCAUAUAACGGAAAUAAAACGCAAUGCAACGUUUUGCUACAAGUGUACUGAAUGUUCUGAGAACAACGAAGCUGUCUUCUCGUCGAAAGAUUAUUUAAUCACUCACAUGAGAGAAAACCAUCGAACCAAAACUUGGCCAUUACGUUGCUCUGCUUGCAAUGAAAAAAAAGCAACAUCCACUUCUGUACCUGUCCAAAAACCUACCCCUCCUCCUGAGAAUAGUACAUGCGAAAUAUGUCGCCUUGAGUUCGAUUCUGAAUCUAAACUUGUGGAACAUAACAAAACAGAACAUAGUUCUUUCCCUUGUCAUUUGUGUGGUUUGACGUAUGAUUCACAACAAAAACUUGAUCGUCAUUGUCAAGCUACGCAUGUUGGAGACAAACCAGGAUACAUCUGUUAUCCUUGUAAACAAAAAGGCAUUAAAAGACACUUCAAUACUGCUGUUUUUCUAGAAAAACAUUUGAUUUUCAAACACAGAAUUGCCAAACAACGUGUGCAACGAUUUGUAAAUAUUGGACGUGAAAAUCGACGGAAAGAUGCUACAAAACGACAGCUUGCAUCUGACACAGAGGCUGACGCAGAACAGGAGACGCUCCCCGUGAAACGUCUGCGUAAAGAAGGAAGUGGACUCUAUGCGUGUGUUAAAUGCUCCUUCUCGACUGAAGAUUCAGUAGAAUUUUGUAAACAUAUUGAAAGUCAUAAAACUGUGGAAGCCAAUCAAUGUCCAGAAUGUGGUUUGUGUUUCAGUGUUUUACCGUCGCUCAAAAAACAUCUUUUCAUGGUGCAUAAAAUUCGUAACGCGGAUGAAUACAUUAAGGAAAAGGGUAUCAAAGAACCUGAGGAACUACCUCCUGACAGCGAAGAUGAGGAAUUAGAUGUGGCUGUCAGUCCGCGUAAGAAUAUUAUUAAAGACAUUGUGCCAAUCGAAACCCAGCGUGCAAAGGAAGGACCAGUUGGUGAACUUGAAUGUCGCGUCUGUUACAAAGAAUUUGAAAAUCUGAAUCUUUUGAAAAAUCACAUGCGUGUACAUGGAAUGGCUUUUAUUAGAUCUCGUCGUGCUCCAGUGAAUGAGGUCAAGGUGGAAAAUGAGAGCCCUUGAAACUUGAGAAUUUUAAUUUGGUAUAAUUGGUUUAUGGUACCAAUGUGACCGUCACUUUAUAGCAACCACCAGUUGCGAAAAAGGAUAUUCGUCAUAAGUAUUGAAUGCAACUCUCAUGUUACUGAGUUGUGAAUUGCGCUCAAUAUUCAUGGCCACUUUCAUUAUUGGCAACUGGUGAACGCUAUAAUAUGACGGCCCCUUUACCCUUGAUUUGAUUCAGAUUACAAUUUUUGCUGUAUUGUAAUUUUGUAAUCAGAUGAUUUUUGUUAUGAAUUUUUCUGCUUGUUCUGUUCAAGUUUGUUUAAGUGUGUAUAAUAUUAAGCUCAAUAGUUUUUGUCAUUAUGAAUUAUUGUACUCAAUUUUACUAUGAAAGGAGGAUUAAUGUAAUAUUUAUAACAGAUUUAUCUAUUAACUCUAAGGCUGAGAGGGUUGUUUAGACUAUUCUUUAGACUAAUUGUGCAUUCUUAAUUCAUUCCUAAUUCAGUUGA